AUGCUUCCACAUAAUUCAAACAUAUUUUUCAAAACGUCAAGAUAUGUCUCUAGAUUCGCCGCAAGACAAAUACAUACCAUUCAACCCAUCAACUGUAUACAUUCAAUCAAAUACAGACAAUUAUCUCGAUGUUAUUCAUCACAAUUCCAAGAUAAAGAAAUGGAAAAAUAUAUAAAAACAGGGACACCAUUAGCAGCUACUUCAAUUGAACAAGAUACUACAAAGCCAUCAUCGCUUCCCAAAACAUUCACAUUACCUAAACCAUCUCAAGUAGAAGGUUCCUAUCAUGAAGAAUAUGAAAAAAUUGCCAAAUAUUCAUUACUACCGUUAUCAUUGGUACCAUUCGUUAUUUCAAUGGCAGGAGGCGUAGUUCCACCAUUAUUGGAUACAGCUUUGGCAACCACAUUUUUAAUAUAUAUUCAAUAUGGAUUCACAAGUUGUAUCAUUGAAUAUUUACCAAAGGAAAAGUUUCAUAGGUGGCAUAAUGCUGCCAAGUAUUUGUUAUAUUCAUUUUCAUCCUUGAGUCUUUAUGGGAUUUAUCAAUUAGAAACGGAGAAUAAUGGGUUGAUUGACUUGAUUUCAAAAUUAUGGCAGAAUGACAAUGAUUCAAAUUUAUAUAUUUUCGGUCGAAAUUGA